GGCUGAGCGACAGUUGAAGAAAAUAUGUGACGGUAUUAUCGAUUGCUAUGAUAUGAGCGAUGAGAUGGACUGCCCGUACUGUAAGGGCAGUUACGUCUGUCCGCAAAGCAAUGUAUGCAUCGAUAAGAGUAAGGUUUGUAACGGCGAUAACGACUGUCCCAAUGGGGACGACGAAAGCGAAUGCAUAUCAUUGGUGCCCAACGACCAGACACUGGACCAAACGGGUCGGUACUUCAACUCUGAGGGCGUCCUUUACAUACGCCAGAAGGGAAAGUGGGCUCCGCUUUGUAUGGAUGACAUCUCCAUGAAUAACGACUUAGACAUCGAGCGGAGUCGACGACCCGAAGACAUGUGGAAGAUUGACGACUUGGGUAAAGCCAUCUGUCGGGCCAACUCUUUCGGCGAACUGAACGACAUUCAACUCACGAGUCUCGACGGCUAUCAGUCCAACGAGUUCUUCAAAAUGGAACCGUUCAGUGACCGCAUCUCACCAUCACUUUCCAUGGCUGAGCGACAGUUGAAGAAAAUAUGUGACGGUAUUAUCGAUUGCUAUGAUAUGAGCGAUGAGAUGGACUGCCCGUACUGUAAGGGCAGUUACGUCUGUCCGCAAAGCAAUGUAUGCAUUGAUAAGAGUAAGGUUUGUAACGGCGAUAACGACUGUCCCAAUGGGGACGACGAAAGCGAAUGCAUAUCAUUGGUGCCCAACGACCAGACACUGGACCAAACGGGUCGGUACUUCAACUCCGAGGGCGUCCUUUACAUACGCCAGAAGGGAAAGUGGGCUCCGCUUUGUAUGGAUGACAUCUCCAUGAAUAACGACUUAGACAUCGAGCGGAGCCGACGGCCCGAAGACAUGUGGAAGAUUGACGACUUGGGUAAAGCCAUCUGUCGGGCCAACUCUUUCGGCGAAUUGAACGACAUUCAGCUCACGAGUCUCGACGGCUAUCAGCCCAACGAGUUCUUCAAAAUGGAACCGUUCAGUGACCGCAUCUCACCGUCACUUUCCAUGUGGAGUUCGCUCUUCGAGAAGUCUGAAUGUGUGUCGAAGAGAACCACUUAUGUCUACUAUAAUAUAUUAAUACCUGUUUUUACCUGCAAAUACCCCACACCCCAUCCGACCCGACCCAACCCCACCAUUCCCUAUGCCAUUAUCGCUAUCGCAGAAUGUGGUGUACGGCCGGUGGCUAACGGAGUGCGGCGACGGAUAAUCGGGGGUCAGAGUUCAUCGCAAGGCUCGUGGCCCUGGACUGUGGCCCUCUAUAGGGAGGGCGAGUUCCAGUGCGGGGGAGUUAUUAUUGAUGACCAAUGGCUUCUCACAGCCGCACAUUGUUUUCAUGCG